AUUAGUGUAAAAGGGGGCUUCAUAUGUUUUAAUUUCAACUCUAACUCUUUAAAUUUAUUUAUUUUUCCAAAAUUGUUGUUUCUUGAUGGUAAUCUUCCUCUAUGAACAGUGAUUUCUUCGCCAACAUCUCUCUUGAAUUUUUGAUGCGGUUGUUUAUGGCUUUCUACUUGCCUUAAAAAACUGGCUGCCCAAAUCAAGUGUAAUAGGUGAAAUACCCAGGACCAAAAUCCAGUGGGAGCGACCACAGUAACAGAAGUUAAUGGAAACCGCACAGAAAGCAGAGUCAUCCCUAAAUCACUCUGGAAGCUCAGAUGCAUCUGAAUCAAACAGCUCAACUUAUGUAGCGCGUGUCAAGAAGCUGCUAUAUCGCCCAAUGCUGGUUGGAAUCAAGGAUGGACGGUUCUUUAUAGGCUCAUUCUAUUGCAUGGAUAAGCAAGGUAACAUAAUUCUUCAAGAUGCAGUAGAAUAUCGGAGCACUAGACGUUCUUCUCCCUCCCCAAUGGAACACAGGGGUGUUGGUCUCAUUUUGAUUCCUUUUUCUUGUCGAACUUCUUGUCACGUGGAUUGCGCCAUUGAAGAACAGUUGUCUCUAUUGUCACUUCAGGAGAAGAAAUCGUAAUUUGAUGUGCACAAUGUAAUUGAUCCACAUUAUUUGGGCUGUUUUUUAACUGCAUUCUCUAUGUAAUGUUUUUAUAUUCCUUCUAGAAUUGAUUAGACAAUUUAGGGCCUAGUUUUCCUGUAGAAUGAAUGUUUUUCUGACCUAAGAACUUGAUACUUGCAUAUCUUGUAUUUCCUUUUAUUUAGUGGGUUUAAAAAUAAUCAA